AUGGCUCCAGGGUCUCAAUGCAGGAAUGCCUUGCGAGCAAUAACGAAGUCGCCGUCGCUGACCACUAGAUCUUCAAGUCAUCGGGUCACUGCACAAACAACGAGAAGAGAUUGGACAGUUCGAAGGAUACCACGCCGGCAGCAUUCGACAGCCUCAGCCUCGCCCACCUCGCCUUCGGCCUCGUCCGUCUCUGCCUCCGAAGUCUCACACUUCUCCCGCCUCGCAUCGUCAUGGUGGGAUCCUCACGGCCCGUCGAGGCUGCUGCACCUCAUGAACCCGCUUCGCCAUGACUUUAUCCGAUUAUGUAUGGACUCGUCCUUCUCCGCGGCAGAGACUACCUCGACAUCCACACCGAGAUCAUACUCGUACCUCGACAUCGGAUGCGGCGGCGGCAUCUUUGCAUCCUCUGCCGCACGGCUGCCGUCCACCUCGACCGUGACGGCCAUCGACCCCACGGAACUGGUGAUCCAAGUCGCCAAAUCGCACCAGCGGUCCGACCCAGCCAUAGCCGCCCCUAAACUGCGAUACCUGAACUGCGCGAUCGAAGACCUCCCUGUCCCCGCCACAGAUGAACAGAAAGUCGACGUCCUGACUGUGUUCGAAGUGCUCGAACAUAUUGACUCGCCGUCUUCGUUCCUCGAACUCGCCAUCCCCCAUGUCAAGCCCGGCGGCUGGAUCAUCGGGUCCACCAUCUCCCGCUCGCUUACGGCCUUCUUGACCACAAAGCUGAUCGCCGAGGCGCCGUUGAUUGGCGUGGUGCCGCCCGGGACGCACGAUUGGAACAAAUACAUUAAUCCGUCAGAGCUGCGGCAAUACUUCGAGACCCGUGCAUCGGGCAGCUGGGGCAAGUUCAAGACCCAAGGCGUCGUGUAUGUUCCUGCUCUAGGUUGGCGAUUUGUCAACAAUAGCGAGGAGUUUGGAAACUAUUUCUUUGGCGUGCAAAAGCUCGGAUGA